AAUUUUUUCAGACUGAUAUCUGAACGUACGCGAACAGAUGAUCGAUCGAUAAGUAAAUAAAUACUCGUUUUUGUGAAAUUGUUCGGUUUAUAAUAUUUCAAUGCGAUGAGUGUGAAGGAGGAAGGACAAGAGCUGUUAGUGUGCUGCAUAUGUCUAGCUACCGACACCACACUGUAUAACAUACAAGAGUCUAAUUUGUUAAAAGUUUUCGUUGAUCUAAUGGGCACUGAGGAGUUUUGUUCGGUCGGGCGCUGCGUGUGCAGCGUGUGCCGCGCACAGCUCGCACGCGCGGCGGCGCUGCGUGCCCGCGGUCGUCGCGCACAAGCCUUGCUCGCCAGCGCUCUGCAACGAACACAAUAUAUAACCUUAGACUACAUUCGAACCAUCGAUCGAGUUGCUGAAAAGCUAUGCCUAAAUUUAAAGACCUCCCACGUCUACACUUCCGAUUCUACCCUCCCAGACGUCAAAGAGGAAAUCAAAGAGGAAACAGACUUUACUGAAAACAUAUUCGUCGCCGAGCCUACUUUAGCUGAUUAUGAUGAUUUCAGAGAAAGUACACCUGAAUUUGAAAAUGAUGAUAUUGAAGAAAUUACAACCCAGGGAAGUACUGAGUUACACAGUAAUAAUAAAAUUGAACCUAGAAUAAAUAAGCGUAAAUUAUCAGAUAAUAAAAGAAUACUAAAAUCUACUAAAGGAAAAAAGAAACUACCUAAGAGAUCUAAAACUACUCAAAGACUAGAAUCUACCAAAGAUUUAAAUCUACCGGAAUCUACUAUAGAAAAGCUACCAGAAAAAACGAAAAGGGUUAUAAAAAGGCGUAUGGCUGACAAUGGGUUUUUGCCUGAUUUUAAUUUCGAAGAGUUUGAAAUAAAAUAUAAUUGUAAAAUAGAUAUAUUGUCGAAAGAGGAGCAGAUGAGAGAGAUAGAGGCUCGCAAGAUGGCGCCGAGUUAUACGCUCGCUGCGUUCGGGUGCGAGGUGUGUGGGAAGAGCUUUGCUACUCAGCAGGUGUAUGAGGGCCAUAUGCUGAAACAUGACCCUAGCGCGGGCGGGCACGCGUGCGGCGUGUGCGGCGUGCGGUUCGGCACGCGGUCGCGCGCGCACGUGCACGCCGACGCGCACCGCCUGCGCUUCACGUGCGGCGCGUGCGGCUUCCUCACGCGCACCAGAUUUAUAGCCAAGAACCACUUCCUGACCCACUCCGGGACCACCCACCCGUGCCCACACUGCGACGCCACGUUCACCAAGUAUACAUCAUACCUGACGCACGUGCGGCGCCGGCACCCCGCCAUGAACGUGGCGUGCGACGAGUGCGGCGAGACUUUCGUCGGCCGCAACGGGCUGCGGCACCAUAAGACGCGAGUACACCGGCACACGCAACCAAAACCCCGUGCGAGCAACGUCCCGUGCUCGCUGUGCUCGCAGACGUUCGUGUGCGCGGCGUCGCUCGCCACGCACCACGAGCGCGUGCACCUCAACAUCCGCGUGAAGGAGCCGCCGCGCGCGCGCGCGAGGAACGCACGUGCGUUCAUUUGCGAACUCUGCGGCGCCGAAUGCUCCUCGGUAUCGAGCCUAUCGGCGCACCAGCGCGUCCACGCCGGGGCGCGUCCACACCAGUGCCCCGCCGCGGGCUGCGCGCGUCGCUUCGCCACGCUGCACAACAUGCAGCGCCACCACCGAGUAGUGCACUUGGGUCGCCGGCCGCAAGUGGCAUGCGGCGUGUGCGGCAAGCUGCUGGCGCAUGCGGCGUCGCUCAAGCUGCACGUCAACACCGUGCACCUCAAGCUGCCCGCGCCGCGCCGGCGCGACAAGGACGCGCGACAGCAGUAGCUACUCGAUUAACCGGAACCUCAAUUAUCCGAACGGUUUUCAGGGGCUGCAACGGAACGCUUACCGUGUUUCUAUAUUAUAUUAGAUGGUAAUCGCUUACCAUCAGGUGAUCCGUCUGCUCGUUUGCCUCCUCUAUCAUAAAAACGUGCGAUAGAGACAGCAUUAUCGUAGCGCAAACGAUUGUCAUCUCGGCUACGGCUCCAGGUAUUUCAUAUUUUAAAAGUUAAGUCAAAUUUUAAUAUACAGUACUGUUUUUAUGAAAAA